AUGGCUACCUCGUCCCAGUACGACGACUACGACUUUCCGACCACGGCACCGGAGGCUCAGCCAGGCCACCCCGGCCACACCACCCCAGAGCAGGAUGCGAAGGUGGAGCAACUUCGGAGCGAACUCGAACAGCUUGGCUACACUGAGAGGCUGGACACUCUCACGUUGCUGCGCUUUCUGAGAGCCCGCAAGUUCGAUGUCGCCCUUGCCAAAGCUAUGUUCAUCGACAGUGAGAAGUGGCGGAAAGAGUUCGGAACCGACGAUUUGGUCCGCACUUUCGACUACACGGAGAAGCCCCAGGUUUUCGAAUACUACCCUCAAUAUUAUCACAAAACGGACAAGGAUGGCCGGCCCGUCUACAUUGAGAAGCUUGGCAAGAUUGAUCUCAAUGCCUUGCACAAGAUUACCACCGAAGAGCGUAUGCUUCAGAACCUCGUAACUGAGUACGAGAAGCUCGCCGACCCUCGUUUGCCCGCUUGCUCGCGCAAGGCUGGCAAGCUUCUGGAGACCUGCUGCACUAUCAUGGACCUGAAGGGUGUUGGAAUCACUAGCGCUCCGUCUGUGUACGGAUACCUCAGCCAGGCGUCUGGCAUCUCUCAAAACUACUACCCCGAGCGUCUGGGCAAGCUUUAUCUGAUCAACGCUCCUUGGGGAUUCAGCGGCGUGUUCAGCUUCGUGAAGAAGUUCCUUGACCCCGUCACUGUCAGCAAGAUCCACGUUCUGGGCACCGGCUACAAGAAGGAGUUGUUGGCCCAGGUUCCUGCCGAGAACCUCCCCGAAGAGUUUGGAGGUACUUGCAAAUGCAGCGGCGGGUGCGAGCUCAGCGAUAUGGGACCUUGGAAGGAAGCUGAAUGGGCCAAGCCCCCCAAGUGGGCUACGCCCAAGGAGGAACAGACUGUGGCCACAACCGAGGAGCCGGUUGUUGAGCCUCCCCAGCCUAGCGCAUAA